CUUCAGGUUCCGGGGUGUCCUCUCAAUAGAUGCUUUAUGCACUAAAGCAAGUGUCUCGGAGCGUGUUCCCUCAACCCCCUGAGAACUCUAGAACGAUUCUGGGUUGAGGAGGCUCCAUGAAGCCAGCCAAGGCCCACAGGAAGAAGCUGAGGGCCGAGGGCUCGGAGACGGAGCCCACCCCCUCCCAGAGACAUCAACGCAGCAGCAUGGAAACCAAGCAGCUUCACAGUAGUGCCAUGGAAACCAAGCAGCUUCACAGUAGUGCCAUGGAAACCAAGCAGCUUCACAGUAAUGCCAUGGAAACCAAACAGCUUCACAGUAAUGCCAUGGAAACCAAACAGCUUCACAGUAAUGCCAUGGAAACCAAACAGCUUCACAGUAACGCCAUGGAAACCAAGCUGCCUAACUGCAGCACCAUGGAAACUGCAGCACCUAAGGCAGUUCCUAUGCACAGUGAGUCUUCUCCCAUCAAUGCAAGGGCCCCCCGGAGAAUCACCGAUGCAGAUGCAGACGCUGACUGGUCCUCAGAUGAGGGCCCUCCCCCUGACGACAGCCCCACCCAUGGCCACAGCAUGGACGAGGACUCUCUGUCAGAGUAUGACAACGUGGGCUCGGAGGAGGAGGAGGGGCCGGACUACGACGAGGACGAAGAGCUGCGCACGGAUGCGGACGGCAUGACCUACUACGUGCACUGCUGCCCAGAGGACGAGAGCUACAUGGAGGGCAUGGACUGCCACGAGGGGGCAGACACGGGAGAGGGGCCCAGUGCGGACCGCGCACCGGACAGAACCACCAGCGCCAGCGACACCGCUGCCAGCAGAGCGGUCAGCCAGGCUGUCCAGCAGGACCCAGAGGUGUGUGUCUACAAACACCCAGAACCAUUGACCGAGCCCACCUUCGUCCAGGCUCCCAUGGCCGAGGAUGAGGAGGACGAGGAGGAAGAGGAGGAGGAGGAAGAAGAUGACUACUUCCCCUAUGAAGGAGAGGAGGCUGAGGAGGACCAGGGGGGAGACCGGGGAGGCGCAGGGGGCAGGCCAGGGGUGCGCGGGGAGGAGGGAGGAGAGGAGGAGGAGGAGCAAUGCAACAGGACUGAGGAGCAGGAGCAAGAGCCAGGGGGCCCUUACAGAGAACCACAGAGCGCCUGCACACACACACGUGACACACACACACGUGACGCACAGCCCUGCAGUAUAACACCACCUUAUGACAGCUGCACAGGCGAGAGCGAGGAAGAGGGGGAGGAGGAGGAGGAGGCGCAGGCCUGCCCAGCCCGGCGUGUCCGAGCGGAGCGGAGGGUGGCGGGUCGGGGUUGUAGCCCCAGAGCCCAGUCAGCCGGUGAGGAGCGUGGCGCAGACGGGCACCACCACACCAGCCCCCAGGGCACGGGGCAGCGUCGGGGCUCAGAGGGCAGCCGCUGCCACGUGGAGAGACACUCGCCCAGCCCAUGCCGCCGCGCAGAGCUGGACCGCCAGCACCACACACACACUGACCCCCACAUGUAUGCUGAGGACCACACACACAAUGAACUACACACACACAUUCAGAGUCACACACACGCUGACCCUCAUAUGUACGCUGAGGACCACACACACGUUGAGUACCACACACACAUUAACCCCCAUAUGUACGCUGAGGACCACACACACACUGAGUGCCUCACACACACUGAGGACCACACACACACUGACCACCACACACACGCUGAGGGUCUCUACCGUGGGCGCGCUGAUGGUGGGCAGGGCAUGAGGAGCCGUCCGUACCCACGACCCCGAGACGCAGAACGCAGGUCAUGGCACAUACAGGGGCACGAGCCAAGGCCAGAGGUCACCGUGGACCUGGCUGAUGAAGUCAGGAGGUCACUGAGCAUGGGUCGGCACAUGGAGAGGUCACAUGACCUGAGGGUGACCUCUGAUAGGCCCAGAGGCCGCUCGCAUCACCCCCGACCGGUCAGCCUUCCGCUGGUGCUCGCCGAUGACCUGGAGAGGGCGACCGCAAACCUGCCCCCACGCGGCCGGAACAGACAGCGCCAGUCCGCACACUUCCCUGACCGUGCCAGCCCACAGCACCUUUACUCACAGCCGAACCCAGAACCAACAGAACCAACAGAACCCAACAGAACCGAGAGCAACCACAAACCACCACAGCCAGCAAAGAAGAAUGCCUCCUUUCCAAGCUUUGUGGAUGUUCCAGGGCCCUGUGAGCCCGAGGAUCUGGUCGACGGGAUCAUUUUUGCUGCCAAUUACCUCGGUUCCACCCAGCUCUUGUCGGACCGGAACCCGUCCAAAAGUGUCCGCAUGAUUCAAGCUCAGGAAGCUGUGGAACAAGUCAAGAGUUCAAAUGAAGACAAUCAGAGCCUGAUUGAAGUGGAUCUUUUCAUCUCCACAAAGGCCAUCAAAGUGUUAAAUGCAGACACACAGGAGACGAUCAUGGACAACGCGCUGCGCACAAUCUCGUACAUCGCGGACAUCGGGAGCGUGGUGGUGCUGAUGGCCCGUCGGCGGAUGUCGCAGUCGGCUUCGCUGGACUGCACUGACCCCGCAGGUGGUGCUGCAGACAGCAGGAAGCAGUAUCGGAUGGUCUGCUACGUCUUCGAGUCUGAGGAUGCCCAGCUGAUAGCCCAGUCCAUCGGUCAGGCGUUCAGCAUGGCCUAUCAGGAGUUCCUGCGGUCCAACGGCAUCAACCCAAAGGACCUCAGCCAGAAGGAAUACAGUGACAUCAUCAACACGCAGGAGAUGUACAACGACGACCUCAUUCACUUCUCCAACUCAGAGAACUGCAAAGAGCUGCACAUAGAGAAGCUGAAGGGAGAGAUGCUGGGGGUGGUGAUCGUGGAGUCUGGUUGGGGUUCCAUCCUGCCCACGGUGAUCCUGGCCUGCAUGCUGAACAGUGGACCGGCCGCCCGCUCGGGGAGGCUCAGCGUCGGAGACCAGAUCAUGGCCGUCAACGACACCAGCCUGGUGGGACUGCCCCUCGCCACCUGCCAGAGCAUUAUCAAGGGCCUGAAGAACCAGGUGCAGGUGAAACUGAGUGUGGUGAGCUGCCCUCCCGUUACUACAGUCCUCAUCAAGCGGCCCGACCUCCAGUACCAGCUGGGCUUCAGCGUGCAGAACGGCAUAAUAUGCAGUCUGAUGCGGGGGGGCAUUGCGGAGCGUGGGGGCGUUCGUGUGGGACACCGCAUCAUCGAGAUCAACGGGCAGAGUGUGGUGGCUAUGGCCCAUGAGAAGAUUGUCCACGCCCUGUCUGUGUCUGUCGGAGAGAUUAACAUGAAGACCAUGCCAGCGGUCAUGUUCCGCCUGCUCACCGGACAGGAGACGCCCGUCUACAUCUGACUCCUGACAAUGCUCCGCUGGGGUUGGACCACUGAGAGCCCCUCCCACCUCUUGCCAUGACAACGCUGAUUGGGCCCUCGCCUCACCGGCAUCUGUGAUUGGGGCCUUCCCCUCACCGUGAUCUGUGAUUGGACCUUCCCCUCACCGUGAUCUGUGAUUGGGCCUUCCCUCGCCGUGAUCUGUGAUCGGGCGUUCCCCUCACCGUGAUCUGUGAUUGGACCUUCCCCUCACCGUGAUCUGUGAUUGGACCUUCCCUCGCCGUGAUCUGUGAUUGGGCGUUCCCGUCACCGUGAUCUGUGAUUGAACCCUCCCCUCACCGUGAUCUGUGAUUGGCUAGGGUGUGUUAGUGCCAGGUCAGGUUGUCAGUGCCCAGUCAGUAGUUAGCUGGAAGAGACUGCAGCCCCACAUCCAGUAUCCCCCACAGGCAUCAGAGAGCCGUCCCGCAUGUGCAGCAUGCUUGCUCGCCUGACCACAGCAAAGCGACCACACACUUCAUCAUCAUUAUUUUUUUAACAAGCAGGGACGCAGGUGGAAAUGUUUAUUUUUCAACGAGAACGAGGCUAUGAUGUAAAUAAUGACUUGGGUGGGUUAAGUCCACUGAUGACUCCACUAGUAUUUGUGGUUUGGAUAGGAUAUUGAUCUAUGCAGUGUGUGUGUGUGUGUGUGUGUGAACCGGACAAAUGUGAGAAGCUGCAGAAGUCCAAAGAGAGUGUGAGGGUGUCCGGAGCUCAGUGUGUCAUGUCAUUACGUUAGAAACACACCAACUCACUGAGCAGGAUGACUGCAAUGGGAGUCAUACUAACACAACAGUCCCUGUUGUGAUAGCAUGGGUUCCAGGAAAAUGGCAAUACAUAAUGAACUAGA